UCUCUCCUUCCACCGGAUCCCUCACGCCCCCCCUUUUCCCCUCUUAACGACCAAUCGUCAUCGUCAUGUCGGUCCUCCGCGGUCUGCCCCGAGCGGCUCAGGCUCUUCCUCGGCUGGCGACGCCCUCCCCUCGCGUCCUCGUCCCUAGCUCGUCGAAGAUCGCCAAUGCAUCGACCCUCUCUGCCCCUCGCGCCGCUGGCCUCAAGAAGACCGGCGGUGUCUACACAGUCACUCUGAUCCCGGGCGAUGGUAUCGGUCACGAGAUUGCGGGCAGCGUCAAGGAGGUCUUUGAGUCGCUCAACGUGCCCGUCGAGUGGGAGCAGUUCAACGUCUCUGGCGAGACGCACGGUAGCGAGUCGCUCUUCAAGGAGGCCAUGGAGAGCCUUCGAAGGAACAAGGUCGGACUCAAGGGCAUCCUCUUCACGCCCAUCGACACGGCGUCGCACAACAGCUGGAACGUGGCGAUGCGCCAACAGCUCGACAUCUAUGCUUCGCUCGUCGUUUGCAAGACGCUGCCCGGCUACCCCACCCGACACAAGGACGUCGACUUUGCCAUUAUCCGAGAGAACACCGAGGGCGAGUACAGUGGCCUCGAGCACCAGUCCUACCCGGGCGUCGUCGAGUCGCUCAAGGUCUCGACAAGGGCAAAGGCUGAGCGGAUUGCCCGGUUCGCCUUUGACUUUGCCAUCAAGAAUGGACGCAAGAAGGUCACCUGCGUCCACAAGGCCAACAUCAUGAAGCUCGGAGAUGGCCUUUUCCUCAACACGUUCAGGAACGUCGCAGAGAAGGAGUACGGACACAGCGGCAUCGCCUUUGACGACAUGAUUGUCGACAACACCUCGAUGCAGCUCGUCUCGCGCCCCCAGCAGUUUGACGUCAUGGUGAUGCCCAACCUGUACGGUAACAUCGUCACAAACAUUGGCGCCGCCCUCGUCGGUGGACCCGGCACGGUGCCCGGCUGCAACAUUGGCCGGGAGUACGCACUGUACGAGCCCGGUUGCCGUCACGUCGCCAAGGACAUCAUGGGUCUUGGCACAGCUAACCCGGCCGCGUUGCUGCUGAGCUCGACGAUGAUGCUGCGUCACCUGGGCCUCGACAGCCAGGCAAACCAGAUUGCAGACAGCGUCUACAAGGUCAUUCAGGAGGGCAAGGUCCGGACAGCAGACAUGGGCGGCAAGGCGAAGACGCACGACUUCACUCAGGCCGUCAUUGGAAACUUCUGAUGACCUCCGCUUCACCCGUUCGAAUGCCGCCAGCUCGACGGGGAGAAAAGGCAUUACUUUAGGUUGUGCAAUUAUAGAGAAUAAAGAUUGGAACGCCUGCCUCUCUUGCUUGGCUUUGGAGAUGGGGGAGUGAAAUAUAUACAAUCAAGAGCACUCG